GGAUUGACAUUCCCCUUGGCCAACGUUUCCGCCCGGGCCAAUUUUUAGCGGGAUCACCGGUCCGUCUGGGGCAAACGUCCAUCUCGAUCACCAUUCCGCCGUGAGCAACGUUUCCCUUUUUAGAGAGAGAGAGAGAACACAAGCAGGGAGAGUGGCAGGCAGAGGGAGAGGAAGAAGCAGACUCCCCACUGAGCAAAGAGCCCGACACAGGACUUGACCCCAGGACCCUGGGAUCAUGACCUGAGCUGAAGGUAGACGUUUAACCAACUGAGCCACCCAGGGGGCCCACCCUUGACCUACGGAUGCUCAGCUUAUUGUACUUUGUUUUCUGGUGACUUGUGAAUGUCUUAUUUCUCUAACUGGACUAUAAAUUUCUUCCAUCAAGGGUGCAGGACAUUUGUUUAAUUUUAAUUUCACAUAAACCAUGAAUAACAUUUAGUAAAAGGACAUUCCUAACAUUGCAUGGGAUAUCAUAUUUGUUGUUUACCUGAAAUUCAAACAUAACUGGGCAAUCCUGUGUUUUUAUUUGCUAACUCUGACCAUUCUACCUUCAGAGUACAAUCUGAAACUCAUUUGUUUUUGUACCCUUCUUCCCCAAGUUCCUAACGUGGUGUGUGCUUUGCACACAGUAGGUGCUCAGUAAUGCUUGUGUAAUGAAUACUUGCACGAUCACAGACUGUAGUGUUUAUCUGUGAUAUCCAAGUCCCUACAUUUCAGGUAGUACAUUUCUAGUUAUAGUUUUUUCCUGUAAAACAUCAACAAAAGCAAAAAUGACAAAAUUUUGGGAGUUGCCAAUUAACCAAUCGAUCAACUAAUUAAUAUUGUGGUUAAAUAUACAUAACAUAAUAUUUAUCAUUUUUACCAUUCAUAAAUGUACAAUUCAGUGGCAUUAAGUACAUUAAUAAUGUUGUAUAAUUACCAUUACUGUUAUCUAUAUCCAAAACGUAUUCAUCAUCUUCCACUAAAACGCUCUACCCAUUAGACAAUAACUCUCUGGUCUACCUUCCCCCAGGCACUCUAUUCUACUUUCUGUCCCUAUGAACUUAACUCUUCUGGGUACCUCAUGUAAAUAGAAUCAUCUAAUAUUUGUCCUUCUGUGUCUGGCUCAUUUCACCAAAUAAUGUUUUCAAGGUCCAUUCAUAGGAUCACAUAUUUCCAAGUUUCAUUCCUUUGUGUGGCUGGAUAAUAUUCCAUUAUAUAUAUUUCUUUUUUUAAGUUUUAUUUAUUUAGGUAAUCUCUACACCCAACAUGGAGCUCGAUCCCACAACCCUGAGAUCCCUACCCGAGCUGAAAUCAAGAGUCCAAUGCUCAAAUGACAGAGUCACCCAGGCACCCCCAUCCUAGUAGUUUUAAAGUCGUAUAUCAUUGUGGUUUUGAUUUGUACUGGGAGGCACCAGUUUUUUAAAAAUUUAUAUUUAUUUUUUAAUUCCAAUAUAAUUAACCUACAGUGUUAUAUUAGUUUCAUUGCAUAAUAUCACAAUUCAGCAAUUCUUUUUUUUUUUAAAUAGGCUUCAUGCCCACCGUGGAGCCCAAUGCAGGGCCCAAACUCAUGACCCUUGCUAGGCUGAUCAGAAAGCCAAGGUGCCUUCAAAGAGACUUGCUGGCCUCUGUGGCCUGGGAAAGUUCUGGUUCUUCAUUCCUUAAGGUGAGCGGCCUGCAAGUCUCAAAGCAAGGCAGUUAGUUCUGUUACAGGUCAAGGGCCUUAGGUCAGCAAGUAAGGAGUGUGUUCACUUGAGGCAAGUUACCCCCUGAGACCAGAUGGAGUGCUGUUAGGGCAUCAUGGUCAUUUUCUGGUGAGAGCCACGUUCCUUGUUCAUAGCGGCUGCCUUCUUGCUUUGUCAUGGUGGGAGGGACAAGGGAAUGCUGUGGGAUCUCUCUUUUUUAAAACUUAAUUUAAUUUUUUAAAAGGUUCUAUUUAUUUAUUUGAGAGACAGAGAGAGCACAAGCAGGGCAGAGGGAGAGGGAGAAUCAGACUCCUGGCCAAGCAGAGAGCCCAGUGUGGGGCUUGAUCCCAGGACUCUGGGAUCAUGACCUGAGCUGAAGGCAGUCGCCCAACCGACUGAGCCACCCAGGCCACUCUGUGGGAUCUCUUUUAUAAUCCCAUUUAUGAGGGCUCCACCUUCAUAACCUAAUCACCUCCCAAGGCCCCACCCCCUAAUGCCAUCACAUUGAGGGUUAAGAUUUCAGUAUAUGGAUUUAAGGGGACACAAACAUUCAGACCAUGGCAGGGAUUAUUCACAGUAAUGCAAAAUAGGGGCAUCUUGGGCAAUAAAGAAGGGGGGUCGUGUCCAUGUUUGAGGUGAUUCCACUGAGAUGUUCAAGAAGGCUCGGGAUAUCCCAUAGUGAAGAUAGAAUGAAUUCUGUUUUUGCCUGCCCAGACUCUAUUCCCCACCUUCCAAUUAUUGCAGGGGACCCGUGGGGAAUCACCCAUCCUUCCAGGUUUAUAGGGUAAUACACCUCUUUCCUAGCACCACCAGUGAGCACAUGACCCAGCUGUGACCAAUCAGCAUCAGCCAUCCCUCUGCCUACAGUGAUUGGUUCAGAACCUGGAGCAUGUGACUCGGAUGGUUUUUUUGGGUUUGGUUUGUUUUGUUUUGUUUGCCUGAGUUGUUAAAGGCCAUUUGGGGCCUCUGUUGGGACGAUGGAGUCAACCCGGAAGAAAAGAAACCUGAGAGGACCACGGUGAUGGAAACGGUGGAAGUCUGAUGACACUGAGCAUCCGGCCGCGACUCCUGGGCUAGAUUUUGCAGUCAUGCAGAAUUCACGUGCAGUCAGGCAGUCACGAAACAAACAUGAGUUCAUUUGAUGAUAAAGAAUGAUCUCUAUGUUCUGCAAUUCGUGUGGAAAGGCUGCUGCCCAGGGAGAGGGCAAGGUGGGAUAAAGGAUCCUUGAAGAAAUUACCCUGAUACUUAGAUUUGCUGGAUUCUCAGUAUUUCCUUGGGGGCUGUGACAGACAGGCACCUGUCUAGACAGCAGCCGUCGGCCACCGUGCAGCUGCAUUGACUCUGAAAGGUCUAUGAUGACACCGUCGCCAUGGUGACGGGAGGUGCACCUCUGCUAUCCUUUCCAACGGUCACUGUUUGAGCUGAGCACUUCAACCCCGUUGACGUGUGUUGCACUCUCCGAACGGAGCAUCUCCGAAGAUGGGCAAUCUCAAUUCCUGCUGCUGUUGUGGGCCUACGAACAAGAUCAGUAAUGUAACCAUCCAGAAAUGGUUGAGAAGAUCUGCUGUCCACCCCCAGACAUGGGCCCGAAGGAUCUGGAGCCAUCGCACAGAAGUUCACCCUACUAAAGAUCCUGACAGCAUUGUGGUCAAGAAGCUUGGCAAGGAAAAACUGACUUCUUGGAUGCAGGUGGCCCCAGGAACAAGCACUAGUGAUCUCACGGAAGAAACGCUUGAGACACCUGGAGUUAGCAUUGAUGAAGACGCAUCUCUGGCCACACUUACAGGAACUUCAGGAGUGAACGAGAACAAUGUUCCUGACAACUGUGCAGUUUGGGCAUGGCUGCAGAAGAGUAUCCCGGAUGAGGAGGACCUGUGGAUUGCCAAGGUGGUGUCAGUAACAAAUGAAAGCGAUUGGGUUGUCGAGAGCCUUGAAAUCUACACUGAUGACGAAACCUCUUCAGACAAGGUCAACACCAUCCACGUCACAGUCCACAAAGAAGACUAUUUUGGAGACUGCGAGAAUUCUGACCAAGAGGUCCACAAUCCGUCAUCCAAGAAGUCCCACCAAGACCCCAUCUGAGCUGCCUGGUCCUUGAAAACCAAAGCUUUCCAUCCCAGGUGGUGCCCACAGAGGCCGCGUGGGCCUUGCUGCUUUGCAGCUUCUGGAGUCCAUGAGGACACGCUUGAGGCCACCGUUCCUGAAAUCUUCCUAGAAGCCUCUUCACGAUCUUCAACUGUGGGAAGAUUUUUCUACCUGAAGACACAUCAGAGUAAAACUGCCCUUAUGCAUCAUUGGAAGGGACCCUCUCAGUGGUCAUAGUGCUGGCCCUUUGCAUUCGAUCCGGAGUCUUAAAUGCAGCCAUACAGAUGUGCUCGCAUCACAAGCAUGGUCAAGAAGAUCGUCCAAUACAGUUGACUCCAAAGAUGACUAGACCGUGUCCAGCAGUGAAGUGUGUGAUCUCUAGUCUUCUCGGAGUGGGCCAACCUCUCCCAAGUGAGAUAAGGACCCAAAUGGGGGACUGAGAAUGGAAGAGACAAAUGGGCAGUACCCUGACCAUAGAUAAAAAUAGGAUUCUGGCCUGAAGUCAGCAGCCCAGGAAACCAACCCAUUAUCUACAGAUUUCCCUUUCAACUUGUAAGAUGUCAGACCACCAUCUGGAGCAUCCAGCCCAGAAGCCUAACCAAUAACCUCUGUAGCAAUUGGCCCCGAAUGACCAGGACAUGAUUUGUAACUGAGAAUGUCCCUGAUUUUUUUCCCUAUUUGUACCUGAGGACCAGCAGCUACAACAGCCCUAACAAUGACAUGGGAUGCCCUGCUUCUAGGCCUGGACUGCAGCUUCCUUAUGCCAAGGGGCUCUAGUUAGAGCGUACCUGAAGCCUUCCAUUCUGGGCCUAUAAAAUUUCCCUCCUCUGCUCCUUUGAAUCUCUGCCCAAAUACAAGUGAUAAUGGCUGACUCCCUUGCUCUCCUUGCUCUAGCAAGUUCUGAAUAAAUCACCUUUAC